CUCUUUUUCUUUUUUCACAAACUCAAGAUGGUGUUGGCUGAUUUAGGACGUAAAAUCAACUCUGCUUUUAAUGAAUUAACCAAGGCCCCUGUGAUUGACGAAAAGGUCCUGGAUUCACUUGUAAAAGAGAUCUGUGCUGCGUUACUUGCUUCCGAUGUCAAUGUGAUGCUUGUUCAAAGACUUCGUAUGAACAUCAAAAAGAAUGUUAAUCUAGAAGAGCUUGCACAAAAUACCAACAAGAAACGUAUGAUUGAAAAGGCUGUGGUUGAUGAACUUUAUAAACUGGUGGAUCCUGAAGUAGAAGCAUACAAACCAGUCAAACGCCGUGCCAACGUAUUUAUGAUGGUAGGUCUUCAAGGUGCUGGUAAGACAACUACCUGUACCAAGAUUGCUUCGUUCUAUCAGCGUAAAGGCUGGAAAGUAGCUCUUGUCUGUGCUGAUACGUUCCGUGCUGGUGCUUUUGAUCAACUUAAACAAAACGCAACCAAGGCCAAAAUACCUUACUAUGGUAGUUAUUCAGAAACAGAUCCUGUAGCUAUUGCUUUGGAAGGUGUUGAGAAGUUUAAAGCUGAGAAAUUCGAGAUCAUUAUUGUCGAUACUUCAGGUCGUCAUAAACAAGAAGUUGAGCUAUUUGAAGAAAUGAAACAAAUCUCGAAUGCUGUGAAACCUGAUACCACUAUUUUUGUGAUGGAUGGUACUAUUGGUCAAGCAGCUGAAGCACAAGCCAAGGCAUUUAAAGAGGCCGCUGAUUUUGGUGCUAUUAUCAUGACCAAGAUGGACGGUCAUGCUAAAGGUGGUGGUGCCAUUUCUGCUGUGGCAGCCACCCAUAGUCCUAUUAUCUUUAUUGGUACAGGUGAACAUCUUCAAGACAUGGAACGCUUUGAGCCUCGUUCUUUUAUCCGUAAAGUACUUGGUAUGCAUGAUAUGCGUGACAUGAUUGAGCAAGUUCAAGACAGUAUCCAACUAAGUGAUCAAAAGAAGUUGAUGAAGAAUAUUGAAAAGGGCCAAUAUUCAUUACGUGACAUGUAUGAGCAAUUUCAACAGGUCGCUAAAAUGGGUCCACUUUCCAAGUUGAUGGGGAGUAUACCUGGCAUGCCUGCUGAAAUGUUGGCUGGUACAGAACAAGAAGGUACUCAGCGUAUGAAGCGUAUGAUGAGUAUCAUGGACAGUAUGACUGACGCAGGUAAGUGUGCAUGAGACGAUAAAGAGAGGUGUCGAUUCAUACUUCUCUUUAUAGAAUUGGAUGGAGACCAUAAACCUUUUGAUGAUAUUCACCGUGUUGUUCGUGUGGCUCGUGGAUCAGGCACAAGUGUUCAUGAAGUGCAAGAAAUCCUGAGUCAAUACACUAAAUUCGCUGAAAUGGUCAAGACCAUGGGCGGCAAGAAUGGUUUAAUGCAAAAUAUGCCUACAGAUCCUCGCAAGAUGAGCCCUGCUCAAAUGGCUCAAAUGGGUAAAAUGCAGCAACAAAUGGCCAAUAUGGUGCCACCUGAAAUUAUGCAAAAAAUGCCACAAUUAUUACGACAAAUGGGUGGUGGUAGAGGUGGUGGUAUGCCUAAUAUGGCUGAUAUGAUGAAAGCCUUAAACCUUGGUUAAGAUUUAUUCCUUCUAAAUUUCCAUGUUUAUUCCUUGUUCGUAUAUAAAGAUGCUUUAUUUUUUAUUUUUCUCUAUGAUUGUAAUUA